CUCGUCCCCUGCGCUUUCCUCGUUUUUCCGUUUUGGGGAGGACUUCGACUGCAAAGAUGGCUAGAAUCACGUUUUUAUGAUGAAGACCUAGUCCUAUUAAUAGUCAUUAGAAAUCGAUAGCCAAAGUUUGUUUAUCUCUCUCAGUUCCACUUCAACUCGCUUCCCAUGUUAGAUGUGAUUUAUUUCCCUACUUGCUUGGUUGCUUUCUCUGCCUUCUUCACCUACUAUGAAGUAUUUACGGGACAUUCCGCAAUGUCCAUACGUGCUGCAUUGCGCACUGGAGGUUUAGUUGCCCUAGCUGGUGGAUCCUUUCUUCUUGGUGCUCGAUAUGGGAAUGAUUCGCCUACACUCAAGAAGUUGCAUGCCGCAACUGCUGUCUCGCCAAUACCACCGUUGGCUACGUUUCCACUUGUUCCACCGGAGGGAACGAAGCCUUUGGCAGAACUUGGACCAUCGCGAGCAUCAGAAAUAAUGCGGUAUGGGUAUCCGGGAUUUGAUAACCUGCGAACGUUUGAGGAUUUCGUUCUUUCUUAUGAUAGGAAGACGAGGACCGCACACUGGGUUUGCGAACACCUAACUCCGGCCAGGCUCAUCUAUGAUAAAUCUGUAGACCGAUCAAAAUGUGAAUUUCGGCCAGAUUCAAGCAUUCACAAGUAUUUCCAGUCGGACAACACCGAUUACAAAGGUAGCGGUUACGAUCGCGGGCAUCUGGCAGCUGCUGGAAAUCAUCGGAGAUCACAGAAUUCCGUCGAUCAAACAUUUUUGCUAUCGAACAUGAGUCCGCAAGUCGGUAGAGGGUUCAAUCGCGAUAAAUGGAACGAUUUAGAAAAGUAUGCCAGGAAGGUGGCGAAAAAGAGUCUCAACACCUACAUACUCACAGGUCCUCUCUAUCUACCACGAAAAGGAGAUGAUGGAAAUAAAUACGUGAGAUACAAGGUCAUUGGAGCGAAUAAUGUAGCAGUGCCUACCCACUUUUUCAAAGUAAUCCUUGCUGAGAUUUCACCUGGCAAUUUUGAAAUGGAGUGUUUUGUUCUUCCCAAUGAAGUUCUUCCUGACACCGCCGAGUUGUCGGUAUUCUACGUUCCUCUGGACAUGAUUGAGCGAUCCGCGGGAUUCCUGAUUUUUGAUAAGCUUCCGAGCGAUAAGUUGAAGAAGGUGAAUGGAAAGAAAAUUGGCGGAUUCUGUGAACAAUAG